AUGGUUCCCUCACCAAUUUCACCUGCAUGUAUACAAACACCAGUGAAUAAUAAUUCAUCAAAUGAAACCAAUUCUCAAUUUGAAUCAGAAACAUUCGUGUAUGCUUUUAUUCUUCACCGAACAGCGCAUGAAGCUGAAAUGAAUCUGCGACGACCAAUUGAUCUCCAAAUUCUUGGUUCCGAAUGUCAAAUUGAAUAUGCUGGGAAAUGUAUUUCACGUGCAAAUAUUUCGGAAAGUAUUGAACAAAAGAAAGUUAUUGUUCGUCAAAUACCUGAAAAUAUAACUGAACAAAAUUUAUAUGAAUUAUUUCGUCAUUGUCAAAUUCUUAAAUAUUGCCCCGCAGUUGAUCUUUCUUCCCAAUCAAUAAUGAAAACUGAUGAUCAUAUUUUGCCCGGAUAUGCUGUUCUUUUAUUUAAUAGUAAAGAACAAGCAAUUCAUGCCAUACAAAAUACAAGCAAAUACGAAAUUAAUGGAAAACAAUUAACUGUUGCUUUAUGUCGAAGCUAA